AUGGCUCCUUCUUCCUCGAGCGGCCUCACCUUCAAGCUUCAUCCUCUCGUCAUCGUUAACAUCUCCGAUCACUUCACUAGGGUUAAGACUCAGUUUAAUCCUCCAGCCUCUGUCUGCGCCACCGGGAAUGGCUCGAGCACCGGCGACGCGAUGUUCCUCCAGAAUCCUAGGGUUUACGGCUGCGUGAUCGGUGUCCAAAAAGGCCGUACGGUUGAGAUCUUUAACAGUUUCGAGCUUUUGUUUGAUCCUACCACUGACACACUCGAUAGAUCCUUCCUCGAGAAGAAGCAAGAGCUCUACAAGAAGGUGUUCCCUGAUUUCUACAUAUUGGGAUGGUAUUCUACGGGAAGCGACGCUAAUGAAGCUGAUAUGCAUAUCCACAAAGCUUUGAUGGACAUUAAUGAAUGUCCUGUUUAUGUCCUUCUAAAUCCGGCUAUCAAUCACGCACAGAAGGAUCUUCCAGUGACUAUUUAUGAAAGUGAAUUCCAUGUCAUCGAUGGAAUUCCUCAGCCAAUUUUUGUGCAUACAAGCUACACAAUUGAGACUGUGGAAGCUGAAAGAAUAUCGGUUGAUCAUGUUGCACACCUUAAGCCAUCUGAUGGAGGCUCAGCAGCGACCCAGCUGGCUGCUCAUUUGACUGGCAUUCAUAGUGCCAUUAAGAUGCUAAAUAGCAGAAUCAGAGUGCUCUAUCAAUAUCUUGUUGCAAUGCAGAAAGGUGAUAUUCCUUGCGAGAACUCACUUCUGAGACAAGUAUCUAGUCUGCUCAGAAGUUUGCCUGCCGCACAAUCAGAAAAGUUUCAAGAUGAUUUCUUGAUGGAGUACAAUGACAAAUUGCUGAUGUCUUACCUAGCAAUGCUCACGAAUUGUGCCAGCAACAUGAACGAGGUGGUGGACAAAUUCAACACUGCAUACGAAAGACACAGUCGAAGAGGCGGUAGGCCUACAUUAAUGUAA